AUGAACCGUUCCCGAAAUAGCGUCGUCAAAACUCCUUCGGUUAAAGGGCGGAGAAAGGUUUAAACGAAAUUAUUAAAAAAAUGAAUAAUUUUUUUGGAUUAGUUACUGAAAAGGGGAAGGGACAGUGACGAAUCAAGUACAUCCAGCGAAGAUUCGAGUGAUAAGGUUGGUUUUGAUGAGAUUUUUUCAGAUUUUUCAUGAGUGUGGUCAUUAUUUGUUAAUAAUUUCAUUAUUUGUUCCCGAAAAUCAGAAUAUAUAGCACUGAAACGUUUUUUUGUUCUGAGAACUUUGAAAAAUUGAGUUGAAAGUGAGAAAAUGAUUAAUUUGAACUUCAAAAAAAUGGAAUAUACCUCAAAAAAAUAAUUAAAAUCUGCGGAGUUUUUCUUUUGGUUCGAACCAUUUUUUUAACAUCAAAUCGGAUCAAUUUACAAAAUGUUACUAUCAAAAAAAGAAAAAAAUUAAACUUUUUUUCUGAAUUUCGAACCAUUUUUUUAACAUCAAACUGGAUAAAUUUACAAUAUUACGAUCAAAAAAAUUCAAGCAAAAAUGAGAAUUUUUCAGAGUUUCAAGACAUUUUUGAGUUCCAAAAAUGGACCAAUUUACUAUAUUGUAAUGAAAACUAUAAAAGGAUAAUUUUCCAGAGUUUCGAAGAGCCGAAAACUCAACGUCGAAAAACUCACUUGGGCGUCUCUUCGGGGGAAAAAAAUCGAAGAAAAAAACGUUUUUUUUUUUUCAAAUUUCGUUCGAAAUAGCUUUCUAUAAAGUUAAAUUUGAACAUUCUAGAAGAUUAUUUUGAUAUAAUCUUAUUUUUUUUUUGAGCUAAGUUUCUAUUUUAGGAAUGGCCACAACUACCAAAGCUACUUGACUAACAAGGACUAUUAUUUGAGAAAAUAUGGUAAGUAGACUUUUUUUUCUUAUUAGAAACUUGAUAUUAUAUGGUAUACCGUAAGAAAAGAAUUUCAAGAAACAGUAAAAUUAAUUGAAAAUUUUUUUUUUUCAUAGGUAAAGUUGAAAGAGUGGAAAUGGUUCCAUAGAAAUUUUCCAUUUUGCUGCCUUUUUGCGCCAUUUCUUCGGCUUUUAUGCACCUUUUUUGCUCCCUCUUCCUUUUCCCACCUUUUUGCUGCCUUUCUGGGGCCUUUUUGGUGCCUUUCUGUGGCCUUUUUGGUGCCUUUCUGCGGCCUUUUCGGUGCCUUUCUGUAGCCUUUUUGCUGCCUUUCUGCGGCCUUUUUGGUGCCUUUCUGUAGCCUAUUUGGUGCCUUUCUGCGGCCUAUUUGCAGCCUUUUUGCUGCCUUUCUGUGGCCUUUCUGUAGCCUUUUUGCUGCCUUUCUGUGGCCUUUUUGCAGCCUUUUUGCUGCCUUUCUGUGGCCUUUCUGUAGCCUUUUUGCUGCCUUUCUGCGGCCUAUUUGCAGCCUUUUUGCUGCCUUUCUGUGGCCUUUCUGUAGCCUUUUUGCUGCCUUUCUGUGGCCUUUUUGCAGCCUUUUUGCUGCCUUUCUGUGGCCUUUCUGUAGCCUUUUUGCUGCCUUUCUGUGGCCUUUUUGCAGCCUUUUUGCUGCCUUUCUGUGGCCUUUCUGUAGCCUUUUUGCUGCCUUUCUGUGGCCUUCUUGAGCCCCUCCCUUUCCGCGGCCAUUAUCCACCAUUCCGACUUUGCCCGAGUUCAUCGCUACUACAGUACUUUCAUUUCUAGUUACAAACAGCAUUUUUCAGUAUAAUUUUUUAAAGUAUCCAGUUUUGAUACCGUACGGAAAGCCACAAAAACCCCAAUUUUUUUUAUAGAAGAAGCCCUGGAAGACCCUUCGAAGUCCUGCAUCUCUUGCAAGGAGCCGGCGAUUCGCGAUUUCGCGACUUGCCUGAAAUGCAAGUGUCGGCUGCACAUCAGGAAAUCCUGCACGGGGCCCGAACUGAACCUCCGGGGAGUCCGCAGAACCUUCGUCUGCGAUUCCUGCGAGGUGAGGUCGAAAAACUGAAAGCUUUUCCGGAAAGUGUAUGAAAGAAUUUUGUGUGCUGGGGUUUUUGAGGCACAGAAGUUUUGUGGGAUUCAAAAUCGGUUCGAGAAAUUUCCCAAAUUUUGUCUAUGCGCCUUUAAAAAACCGAGUUUCUUGAAAGUCCCCUAAAAUCCUUGAAAUCCAGGUUAAUAAAAAUUUGAAACCUUUUUCAAACAAAUUUGAUGAUUUAAAUCUCCAUUUUUUGGCCUUUUUAACAAAUUUGAAUUUUUUUAACGACUGGUCUUGUAUAAAAAAAUAUAGAACUGAAAUAAUUAUAUUACUGAGAAGUGAAUUUUCGAAAAUGAUUUUUUUAUUUUAAUUUUUAAGAUUUUUUCAAAGAAUAUAUGGAAGAAUUUUGAGCCGGGGUUUUUCGAGGCGCAGAAUUUAGUGUGGCUCGAAGUAUGUCAAGAUAAAACUCCGAAAUUUGUCUAUGCGCCUUUAAAAAUGAUUUUUUUGGAAGACUUAAAAUUCAGGCUUACAAGCAAGUUGAAGAGGUUUUUCCAGACAAAAUCGAGUAUUUUAAGAAAAAUCUCGUUUUUUGGGCUUUUUUUUUAAAAUUUAACUGGUCUUGCAUAAAAAUGAAGAUCAUGAAUAUUUAUAUUUUUCUUACUUUGAAGUGAAUUUUCCAUGACUUUUUUUUUGUAAACUCGGAAUUUCAGUUGAACAAAGCCAAAAACGAAAGGAGCCGAAAAAUUGAAGAAGUCAUCGAUGACGUCAUCCGGACAUGCAAGGAUGAGCCCGAGCCCGAGCAAGAGGAAGAAGAAAAUCAAGUGGAGAAUGACGUCAUCGAGAAAGAACCUGUAAUCAUUGUUAGAGUCUAACCUUCUAGAGAGCACUGGAAAACAAGAAAGCGCUCUCUCAUUUUUGAACGCUCUCUAGUUUUUGAAGAUUCCAUUACUAUUUCGUCGAGAAAAGGUCGAAUAAUUUCACAUUUUCAGACCCCAACGGUUGAAGAGAGCUCGUUUACGUCUGUCGUUUCACACAGAGACGAGAAUGUGCCGCCUGCGGCCAGCGAAAAAACGUAGGAAUUUUUUCAUUUGAAGAAAUGAAGAUUUUUUCCUUCUUUAACACAAAUUUUCUAUAGAAAAAUGUCGAAAAAUCAACUUUAACCGACUUUUUUUUCCAGAACUACCACAUUGGCGCCAUAUGCUUACAAAUAUGACGGUGAGCUUAUUUGUCAUUUUUUUUAUUCCGAAAAUUCUCCUAAAAGAUGAAACUGCGCUUUACCAACCCCUAUAAGGACCACUAAAUAUUGCAAAAGUGGUCCCUAUAGGGGACAUUCUAGUCAAUAAUUGUUAUGAACUCUAAGCGAAGAAACAUUUACAUGCGAAAAACAGAAUAAAAAAGCGGUUUUUAAAUGAAAUUAAAAGACUCCUUUAGGGUCCACUUGAGAUUUAGGUGCUACGGGGUCAGACCCAAAACCCCUAUAGGGACCACUUUAAUUUUCCCCUAGAGGCACCACUUUUUCGGCUCAUUUAGGGAUUGGUUUCUUCCCUACCCCUAUAGGGACCACUCUAGAAUCCCUCAGGAAGGUAGAAGUACCUCGAAGGGUCUACUUCAAUACUCUCAAGUUGUCACUUUAGAGUUUUUGACGAAUGAGAUCAGCGAGUUCUUGCUUGAAUAAUUGCUAAACUCGCUCUCUUUAAAUCCCUAGAGUGACCACUUGAAUUUUCCACAGCUCUUUCUCAGGCAGUGUGAGCCCCUGCAAUAAGGGAACACUAAGAAAGAAAAAAAAGACGAUUUUUCGCUGGAGCGCAUUUUCCGUUUCAGAUUGAUUCUUCUUAUUAUUAAUAUUGUAAAUCUUUGAAGACACAGCGGCCACGACUUCAUAUCCGGUGGCCAACCACAAUCACGUCAACAGUCCAGCCAGUCAUCUCAUACAGGAUGUCUUCGUCGACGUCGUCGAAGACUAUGAUCAUCUACAGGUUCAUUAAGAUUCUUGAGGCAAUUUUCGCCAAAUAAGUCGUUAAAAACUGGAGCGCUACAAGUAGAAUUUGUGCUCUACGGAUAAAAAAAUCUUGAGACGCGAAAAAAAGUGACGAUUUUUUUGAAAAAAAUCCUUCAAUCUUUUUUUAAUUUCAUUUUCACUGUAAUUUUUAGCCCAAAAAGAUAAAUUUCAUCAAAAUUAAAAAAAUCAAAAAAAUUAUCCAUGGAGCGCGUUUUUCAUUGAAAUUAUUCCACUCUUGAAUUUCGAAAAUUUAGGCCGAAAUGGAUGAAGAUGACGCGCCGGAGAACAGUUAUGAGGUAUAAAAUUAUUAAAUAAAGAAAAAAAUCUUAAAAAUUCAGAAAAGAUACGCCGACAUGGAAGCUCUGCUGCACCAGAAAAUGGCCGAAGUCGAUAGCCUUUAUAAGGUUUUUUUUUACUUUUAUCGAUGGAGCAACUUUUCUAUUUUUCCAGGAGCUCAAGGAGAAGAAUAAUAAAAUUGAGAGGACCGAAAUGGACCUGAGUAUGGCUAAUCACAAGAUUUUUCCUACUCAAUAAGGUUUUGAAAAACUCAUUUUUUUGGAUAAAAAAAUAAAGUUUUUUUAGGAUCUUGAAAAGAAAGAAUGCAGAGCUGGAGGAGACCAAUAAGAUUAAAGAGGUUUUUUUAGAGUCUUUCAGUGAAAAAAAGUCCGUUUUUAUUCAUAAGAAAAAAAGUUUUUUUAUUCAAAAAAAGAGCCAAAAUAAUUCGAAAAAUAGAAAAAAAUUUAUAGAAAAAAAGUUGUGAUUUUUUUCGAUUUUUUUACUGAUUCUUUUGACAGAGAACCGAUAUUUUUUUCGAAAAAAAAUUUUUUUGAAAACGAUUUUUAAACUCAAUUGUGACUGUCUCCUUUGCAUUGUCGAAGUUUUAAAAAAGAAAAAAAAAAUUUUUUUCAGCUUUUCGACCAGAAAAAAACGGCACCCUGACCGUUGAACUGGCCCGCGUGAAAAAAGUGAGAUCAUAAAAACCGAAAAAAAAUAAAGGAUUUGAAUAAAAAUGGCUCUAGGAAUGGGACGACACCAACUUCAAACUGAGAGAAGCCGAGAUGGAUUUGGCCCACGCCGGCAAUUUCUCCUGCCGAACCUGUUCGGUCAAAAAAUCUUUGGUACAGAAUUUCCAACAAUUUUUCAGCACUAAUCCUCAUUUUUUUCAAGAUUGACGAGCUGGAAAAAUCCUUGGAACGACGUGAUAAUCAGCUGCAACAUGCUUUAAUGGUAACCUCCAAAAAAUAAUGAUAAAAAUUAUUUUCUCCGUUUCCAGGAACUCGCAAAGUUCGAAAAGAAGCCGUUCUCGUGA